CGCUUUAUCACUUUCCAAGAUCCCAACACCGUAAAACUUAAAUCAGUCCAGCGGGUCAUUCGGAGCCAUGGCGCUAAGAAGUCCUUGGAAGGGCGGAAGAAGAAGCUCACAGCAGCGACUGGGAAUUUUCGCCAUUUUAAAACUGAUAGGUUUCAGCAUACCUCGGCGAACAAGCAAAGCAAUGACACCAAAUCAUCAGUCGACAUCCAAUCAUUCGGCUCGACACAAUCCCUUGCUAUUAGCAAUUCUACACGGCUACAGUCUCUCAUAGGAAAUAAAACCGCAUCACAAGCUUUAGAGCCUGUGUGCAAUUUCUCAGAAGCCACCGCCCACCAAAAAUUUCACAAGAUAUUUCAUGACGGCUUCAACGAUGAGGCGCUCUCAAAUGCUAUUAUGCUAUCUCUGACAUUCGCCGCAAAUGAAUAUCAUUUCUCACAAGAAUGUGUCACCUUCAAGAACACAACAAUUCGGCAUAUCAACCAGAAAAUCGGAUCCUCCCUUGAUCCUCCCGCUGUUUCACAAAUGAUAGGAGCCAUAUUACUCUUAAUAGGAGUAGAGUGGCGACUUGGGAACAAACCUCGAGUGGAGAUGCAUUUGGCUGGUGUCUUGCAACUGCUAAGUUUCUGCGAUUCCAAGCUCAUCGACCUUCAUGAUGGCAUCAAGCGCCCCCUUUGUGUGUUACUGGAUCAGCAUUCUAACCCAUGCAGUGCAAUAUUCUGGCAAGAUCUAAACGCGGCUUGGAUUAUAGGUUCCGAGCGCAGGUUCUCUCAUGACAUCUUCCCAGAGCUUCACUGGGGCCGCAAUCCCUUUCUCUCAUCUAUGUACAUGCUGCCAACGGGAUUCGAGCCACUAAGGCAUGUGUUUGGAAGCGACUUGGUCAAGGUUGUCGAAGAUAUCUAUGCCUUGCAGCAUUAUCGCGAAUCAUCUAUUGUAGACCUAGGUGACUCACCGUCUCUUCUCCACUUGGAUAAUUAUCAGGCCUCGAUAGAGUCUCGACUUUACUCUCAUUUUUUAACGACAGGCGAGAGUAAUGGAAUAUUGGCAGGCUGCAUACUUGCACUAUAUCUCUGCACUUACAUGCUGUUCUCAGAGGUAUGGGCAGGUCACUUUAUUCCAUCACACAUGUCUUCAAAUCUACUACGUGUCUUACGGGAUGCAAAGAAGAGUAUUCUAUGGGACACCAACAGAGAUGCAAUGCUAUGGUGUACGAUAGUGGGUGGCACAUUCGCCCAGCAAGGCGUGACACGAUCCGAGUACAUACUUCUACUUCACCAAUCCGGAUAUGGUACUCUCCCCUCAGCAUGGAAAGAGACGGAAAGCUUUUUGGAACAGUUUCUGUGGUCUAAAAGAGUCUUCUACGGGCCCGGGAGAGCGUUCUGGGAU